UGCGCUUAUCCAUUCGUGUGUGGAACUUAUGGCAUCUGUUCAUAUGGAUCUCAGUGUGUGUGUCCCAGCGAGACAGAACAAAUUGAAGAGAGGGGUCCAUCUGACGGCUGCAAUCUCAGCUCACCGAUCUCUUGUGAUUCACUCAAUAACACUUUCACAGCAGUUGAGAAUGUGAGCUUCUUUGCUUUGACAAACAUUAAUAUUAGUGCAGACAUCUCAAACGCAACUGCAGAGAGUUGCAAGGAAGCAUGUUUGAGGAAAGGGUGCUCCUGCACAAUGGCACUAUUUCGUAAUCAAAGCAUUCUCUAUGGUGGAGACUGCUACUUAUUAUCAGAUUCAUUUUCCCUUAUAAAUGACUACGGCCAGUAUUCCAGCUUAGCAUUUAUCAAAGUCAACAACAGUUCAAACAAACCGUUGCCGUUAUCAAUCUUUCCAAGAAAAAGAAGGAGACGAGCAGAGUUAAUAUUAGGGAUUACUGUUGGAGCAGUUUUGAUGAUUUUAGUAAGCCUUUUUGGGAUUUGUAUUCCAAGUAUGGUGAGAAAAAAUGAUGUCGAUAGUAAUGACGAUCCAGACUUACCGAGGCUUCAGAUAACUAGAUUCUAUUAUGAGGACCUAAAGGCCAUGACGGGAGAUUUCACCGUCAUGCUAGGGGAAGGAGGAUUUGGCUCAGUGUUUCUAGGAACUUUACCCAGCGGCAUUAGGAUUGCAGUCAAGCGCCUUGAUGGUUUUAGUCAAAUGAAGAAGUCAUUCUUGGCCGAGGCGGAAACCAUUGGCACUAUACAUCAUGUCAAUCUAGUAAGACUACUCGGAUUUUGUGCUGAAAAAUCAUUUCGACUUUUAGUCUAUGAGUAUAUGUGCAAUGGUUCUCUUGAUAAGUGGAUCUUCCAUAAAGACCAAGAGUUUGACCUCUGUUGGCAAGUGAGGAGAAAGAUUAUUAUCGACGUUGCCAAGGGACUAGCCUAUCUCCAUGAGGAAUGCCAUCAAAAAAUAAUUCACUUAGAUGUCAAACCCCAAAAUAUACUGCUGGAUGAACAUUUCAAUGCGAAGCUCGCUGAUUUUGGAUUGUCGAAGCUAAUUGAGAAGGACCAAAGCCAAGUCAUGACGACCAUGCGAGGAACACCAGGUUACCUUGCUCCAGAGUGGUUAAGCUCUAUAAUCACAGAAAAGGUGGAUGUGUAUAGUUUUGGCAUCGUGAUGUUAGAAGUCCUAUGUGGUAGGAAAAAUGUGGAUCGUUCAAUUACCGGCAAUCUCUGA